GGAAGAACUUCAAAACGAUUGCGUUUUACGAGCGCAACAUGCAUGGUAAAAGCAAAGCACAGUGUAUAAUAAUAGCGUCAUAAGUGGCGUGAUCGGUAUGACUGUGUGACUGUGAAGAGAACGUUGAGUGAGCUCAUUCAUCGUUUCGUCGGCGCUGUGGCGAGUUGAAUAAGUAAGGGCUUGGCCGACGCCUCAACUCGUCAACGCGAAUAUAUAAUCAACUUUAAGACAUUCCGCGUUCAUUAUUAAAUUUAGCGCCAAUAAGACGGCACGCCGAACCGCCCUGUACAAACUGGCAUUUUAGGCAACUGUGAUAUAAUACGUUAGUAACCUAUUCAAAGAUUUUUAGGUUAAUCCUAUACCGGUGAUAUCAGUUUGACGUCCCGUUUGAAAACCUACCGUGUUUCGUGUUCUUCAGUGUGAAUUAUUAAUUGAACUAUUAUAUCAUUUAAAAUAUGGAGGCUUCCAUGAACUAUAACUUGGAUGUCACUCCAAACUACUCUUAUAUUUUCGAAUUCGAAAAUGAGUUCAUUCAUCAAAAUUAUAGGAAAUGGAUGACUGAAAAUUGGACUGUGGCUUUCUAUUAUGUCGGGAUUUAUAUGGCUUUUAUUUUCGGAGGCCAGUACUACAUGCAGAACCGUCCCAGGUUUGAACUGAAGCGGACUCUGAUAGUAUGGAACAGCGGUCUGGCGUUGUUCAGUAUAAUGGGGGCGUGUCGCACGUUGCCUGAGUUUAUACAUGUGCUGCGGAACCACGGCCUAUACCACUCCAUCUGUGUGCCCAGCUUCAUCGAGCAGGACAAGGUGUCUGGUUUCUGGACGACGAUGUUCGUGCUGUCGAAAGUGCCGGAGCUGGGUGAUACAGUGCUGAUCGUGUUACGUAAGAAGCCGCUCAUCUUCUUGCACUGGUACCACCACAUCACCGUCCUGCUAUACACCUGGUUCUCCUUCACUGAGUACACCUCAUCCGCGCGCUGGUUCGUCGUUAUGAACUACUGUGUGCAUAGUGUUAUGUACUCAUACUACGCACUCGUCAGUAUGGGAAAAUACCCACCGCGGAUGCUGGCUAUGACUAUCACGUUCCUGCAGCUGUCCCAGAUGAUAGUCGGCUGCGCCAUCAACAUCUGGGCUCACAACUACCUCGCCACCGCGCCCCCGCACUCCUGCCACAUCAGUCAGAUCAACAUCAAGCUAUCUAUGGCCAUGUACUUCUCAUACUUUGUCCUAUUCGCACAUUUCUUCUAUAAAGCAUACCUCGCACCGAAGCGAGGCAAGAAAGCCAAAAUCGAACCCAUCCCCGAACCUAUCAAGGAAACCACUAAGAUCGAGUACAACGGCUAUCCCAGACAGAGACAGAACGGCGUCGUCCACUAGUCUUGUGAUAUUUUAUAGUUUUAGUGAUGCGUCUCGUGGGAGUAACGCUUGGGCCAUGCGUUCUUAUGCGAUUAAAGGUGCGAAGAUUUUUCCACAGUUGAGAAACUCAAUCUUUACUUUAAAAUCGAUGACAUUUGAUGCAAGUCGUUUAAUAAUUUGAUGUCGCCGAAUCUAAAAGAUACUUACAAAUGUAAAAGGUCAAAAUACUAUUAUGAAUUUACUUAGUUGGCUAGAAACUAAUGUGUUUUAAUAUUCAAGCUAAUUUUAGCAACUUCGUUAUGCAAUAACUUCCUUUUAUCGAAUCCUCAUAAAAAAAUUUGAAUUGUGAGAUUUUUCAAAAAUAUGAUGUUAUACAUAGGUUAUAAAAUAAUGAAAAAUUUAAAAAUAGCUUAAAUAGUAGCAAUUACAAAAAAGUGAUUUUAAAGUAAGAACAAAAAUGUACCCGGUAUAUCCCGGUCGCUGCAAGCAGUGAGGGCGGGGACACACUUCGCGCGUUACAUUCCAUGCACCAUCACUUCCGCUCGGUGUGGCCCGAGCUUUAGUUCCGCGACAUGUCGCAGAGAAUAUGACGCUUUAGAGCGCUGAAUACAGCUGGCACGUAGGUUACAUAUUUGACUUUAUUAAAAAAGAAAGUUAAUUUUAACCUCCUUGCUUUAGUGUGAUAAAAUUAAGGUACAAAUUAGUGUAGUUGAAUUCUACAUUUCAGUGUUUUCGUUUAAACAAAACUUUGUUUUUUUAGGAAUAAAUUGCGGGUGAUUUUUGCUCUUAUAUAAAAUUUUAUUAGUAUAAUUAUAUUAAAAUGUAUUCAUAUUUUUUAAUUUAUACAUAGAAGAGUAACCUAAGUGCCAGCUAAAUCAUCUUAGUUAUCGUAUAAUGUAUUUAUUACUUAAAUAAAAGGAAGAGUGAUUUUUAAAAUAAUUUAUUUGUAAAGUAAUAGUUUAUAUCGACCUGUACAGAACGCAAAGUUGAUGACAUUCGCUUGUCGCGGCAACACCGCAUUGUUAUAAGAGAGGUCUCUGACGUCAUAAACAAAUAUAUAAGCAAGUAUAUAAGCAAUAAUGUACUCACCAAUGAUGGUGUGGACAGGCCUUUCCUUGAAUGUUUCUUAUCCUUUACGGCGCUUGUAAGACAAGCGCAAAUAUUGUCAUUUUCUUUAACGAAAUAAGCUUUUUCAUAUGGAUAACGUACAAAAUGGUAUUACAGUUCGAUAGACUUUUCUGGCCCGAUAAUGAAAAGUGAUACUAAUGUAGCCGUCUUGUCAUUUUCUAUUUCUAAAUUGGAAUAACUUCUGUCAGAACUAGCUUCUGUUAUCGGGCCAAAUAAGUGUUUGUGACUGUAGGUCGUAAUGGACAAACUUCUGUCAGAAUGGACUUCGAUAAUGUCAACUUUUUAGUACAAAUCUAAAUGCAAAAUGUGUUAAAAUAGUAGACAUAAAAUUAUGAUUGUCAAAAAAGCCAAUUGGUUAAUUAGGACCUUUUUAGAAUAAAACUGCUCAUUUUUGUAAUGAAAACUUUUGAUUUUGUCUUUAAAAUUAAUAUUAGUUUGUUAACUAAACACACUAACAUGUUAGUAACCUAAAAAUUAUAAACAUUUUUAUAUGUAAGCAUUCUAGUGAAUUUAUUUUCGUGUUCCAUUUUUAAAUGCAAAUUAUAUAAGGGUUCAAAAUAUUGUUAAGUUUGUUAACGCCAUAAAUAGAAGUACACAAAGCCUCUGAAUAAAAUAUUAAAAUAUGUAAAUAAAGUUGUAAUAGUAAAAUUAAUUAUCACGUGGUUAAUUCGAAUAACAAUUUUUAGAUUGUAUAGAAUAUUGUUCCGUUACAAAACAGAUAUUGAUUCACGUGUCAGUGACAUAGGCAGAAUUUAGUAUAGAUUUAGGACAGGUCAAUUUUAUCUAGAUCAUAGAGAAGUUGAAAGUUUUUAGAUAGUUUGAGCGUAAGCCGCUACCUUUAUUUGAUUUCAGGUUUGGUAUUUAAUUUAAAAUCAUUAUAAUUUCAUGGACAUUAAUCAGGGGUUGGGAAGUCAUCCGUUCUUAAAGUCACCAAGUUGUUUGUGAUGUGGACUGGCUAGUUAUUGCAUACGUCGUAAAAGACGGACAUGUUUCGACAAUUUUAUACGAAUUAUCGUAGUAUUUUACGCUCUAAUUUAUUUCAUUUUUGUUAAUAUUUUACACGACACGUAUAUGUAAAUAAUGAUGAUUCCACUUUAUUUGAUUUUGAUGUUUUGUUUUUGAUAAAUUUUAAGCCGUGUUUUGAAAACGGGCUGUGUUUAUUUUCCGACUGGAAUUUAUUGAUCCAUUUCUAUUAAGUUUUCGCUUAUCGCUUUGCCGCUGUUGUUCACAUAGCGUUACUCGAGUUGUUUACUAGACUUAUAGGCUGUUGCGUAUUUAUAUAACAACUCGAAUACUCCUCGUAGAGUCAUUAAGAUCCUUUGUAAACGAUUUUGUUUAAUUUUAAUAUUAAAUCAUACCACGAAGGGCAUUGUUUAUAUGGAAAGGGAUUAUUCGUAAUAUAUAAAACAUAUACAGAACAAAUAACAUCGCAGUCAUCAUAGCAUUUAUUUAUUAUUUACAUGGUCGAGCUCUCGCAUUUAUAAGAAACUGUUGUUAUCAGCCUAGGAAAGAAUUAGCGGUCACAGUUCCAAAUGGAAAGGUAUAUUUUGAAUAAUAUAUUUUUGUGAUGGAUGUUUUGAGGUUACACGGAUACGCUGGAGCGACGGUCGCUCCCGGGGUGACUGUAACUUGAGAUGUGGAAUUAUUCUUGCAUUCAUUGAUUUGUAUUUUCUGGGCAAAUAAAGCGUUACGCAUUAUA